CACCGUGGACAGCCUGGCUGCUGCGUCAAGGGAGUUUAGGAAAGCCAGCUUCAGACUGCGUGAGGAUUUUCUAAACAGUCCUGCUUCAGACCUUGGAGCAGCCCCAUCGGAAACAACAGCGACGAUAUAAAAGCCUGAAAAUGAACGGGCAGCCCUCACCUGUGUUCGAGGAGAAGAAGCCCUCCCUCCCGGUGCCUGGCGGUUCCAUCUCGGCUGCGAAGGAUUCCCCCACCAUGCCGGAGUCUUCCUCCACAGAUAUGGGCUUCUACAGCGGCCAGAGCGCGCUCCACGUCUCGCAGGAUUUCUACUCGGCGCAGCAGCCGUACUCAGCUCAGCACAUGAACCCGUACGCGUACCACCACUAUAGCUUGAACGGGAUGGGUCCCGGCGGUGCCUACCCUGUUGGGAAGGCAGAGUACCCAUACCCCCAUGCGGCGUACCGAGAGCACGGAGCAUUCAACAGGGAGGUUCAGACAACUCUGCAGGACAGCGUGAAAGAAGAACCAGACGUGGAAGUUCGGCUGGUCAACGGGAAGCCAAAGAAGGUACGCAAGCCCCGGACCAUCUACUCCAGCUACCAGCUGGCAGUCCUGCAGAGGAGAUUCCAGUCAGCCCAGUAUCUGGCCCUGCCGGAGCGGGCUGAGCUGGCCGCACAGCUGGGCCUCACGCAGACGCAGGUCAAAAUCUGGUUCCAGAACCGCCGCUCCAAGUUUAAGAAGCUCUACAAGAACGGAGAGUUUCCACUCGGGGAUAUUCCUCUGGAACACAGUCCGGAUGCCAGUGAUUCCAUGGCCUGCAACUCUCCUCCAUCCCCAGCUGUGUGGGAAAACAACAGCAGCAACAGUAACAACAACGGCAGCAACCACAGCAGCGGGAACGGCAACAACACAAACAGCAGCAGCAGUAGCAUCAAAAAUAAUGCACUGCUAGAUCCUACCAGCAGGGGGCAGGGUCCCUAUCAGCCUCCAGUUGAUUCUUCACCUGCCUACAUGGGGGAGUACACACACCAGAACUGGUACCAGCAGCAGGGCGCGCAUUUAGGUCUGCCACAGUCAGGCCAAGUGCACCACGCCCCGCCAACUGCACCGUCGGCCACACAGAGUAUGGGAGCCGUCUACUGAUGCGGAAAAACAGACUCUCGACAAUAUUUCGCCUGCAGUCCUGGGCUUCACCAGGGGGAUUUUUUUUUUUUUUUUGGAUGAUUCUGAGCUGUGCUGUGAGCAGAAACACCUGACAGUGAUCACCAAAUACAAGUCAUAACUGUAAAAACCUGAAACACGUGUCGUCACACAGGCUACGGAUUGAAAACCAGUGUCGGCCUCAUUUACCAUCUUCUCCACCGCUCACAAGUUGAACUCAUAAUAUUGUGGAGGUCGGGGUGAUUGAAGAGGGUUUUUUAGUGCAAAGACUGAGAUUUAUAUUUGAUAUCACUGAUAACAGUUAAUAUUUUGUUUAUAAAUAUUGAACAUAUUUAUGCUAAAAAUAUAGAAAUAUUCAGUAUUUCCCUGACACUUUUUUUUGUUUUUAGUAAGGAGCCUCUGACAGAGUUAUUUCACUAAAACUGGUAAUACUACUGAAAGCCUCCCAGCAAAAAGCCUACCACACUAGCACAGGGCUUUUUAACACAUGCCGGGCUUGGAAUUUACAGAAAACAAGUGUGUGAAAGGCUGAUGGCCAUCACACACAUAACACAUCAGCCCAACAGAGGAGAAACAUGAACAGCAUAUACAAAACAGAAUUUCACAUUUACUGGAAUGAAACUUAUUUUCCACUACAGAAGAAUAAAGUGGAUUUAGCAACGCAAGCAGACAGGUGGUUUUGGUCUGUGUGGAAGGGAAGAGCAAAGAGCGUGCUCUCGGUUUAGAGGUCUGGGUGGGACUAAAAAUAGAAUUUUCUUACCUUCAGAUGCAACUACGCUUCUUGUUCCGGUAUUUGUGUUUCCGGGGUUAGGUAGGUUAACCAGCUGCUGUUUGUAGCUAUAAACAUUGUAUUAAUCUCAUCUCUGGAGCUAGUGGCUAAAAGCCAGAAUAGCUGCUUGUAUCAUAGAGCCACUGUAGGACAGAGGGAUAUAUCAUUUUUUACAAAAUUGACUAAAAACAAAGCUGAACUAGCUGAAAUAUGGUAAAAAAUAAGGAAAAAAUAUUUUUAAAAGCACUUACAGCUGCUCUAAUCAUUGAACUUAUCUUUUUUUGCAGUGUAGCGUAAAAAGUGUCUCUCAUAUUCAGUCCCACCCCAUAAUCCCAAAUUAAGCCACCUCCCAAAUUAGGUCUAUACAGGUUUCAUGCAUGAUAUGAUGCAGACAUUACCAUAUUGGAUGUGAAAUAUAUGUAUUCCCCAUCUUUUCUGGCAAGUGGGUCCUGGAGGUUGCUGGCAGUCAACAGGUGAAACUGGUUACAAAGAAGGUGCUGCACCAAAAGCCUCCUCCAUGUGAUUGCUGUGGCCAGCAGCAGACUGUCGCAGCUGCCUGUAGUUUGCAUGGCAGACGUAGACUUGUUUGCAAACCAUAGACAGGAUAAAAGAUGGAUGUAGCUACCGUGAGGUUUGUUUCUGAACUCCUGUUUUGAAGCUGUUGCCAUCUUGGCUGCAAGAAACUGGAUGUGACAAGAAGUAUGAUUGAAAUGUGAUAGAUUUUUUUUUUUUUUGCAAAUAGAUUUUUUUUUAUUGAGUAUGAGCCAAAAUGAGUGAAUAAGACACUGAAUGGAGCAGGAAAGUGUUUUCAGAGGCCACAUUAGAAAACCUUUUUUUCUACAGACUUCUAUAGGACUGGAAGCCUCUUUGGAACAACAGCUAAUGCCAUCUGCUGGCCUUCGGAUAGAAUGCACGUUUAAGGUAUUUCCAGAUUGGCAUCAUUUAUUUGAUCCAGAACCUAUGUUAAUCUUUUUUACUAUCUCUGCGGCACACAUUGGCCACAAACAGAGAACAUUUGCCUUCAAACUAAAAGUUGUAGUUCAUUGCUGCAGCCGUCACAUUUCAAAGGGCACAACUUCUACUUUGAAGGCAAAUGAUUUGUGGUUUGUGUCGCCCCUUUUCAAGUUUUUCUACCGCUUGACUAGCGAGUGUUUGUAGACAAAUCAGCCAAACAAACUACGGGUGACCGUGGUAAUUUGCUAGCAACCAGCGCAAGUACAUGGACGUUUUUGGUGCAGCACCUUCUUUGUGACCAGUUUCACCUCAUGAGUGCCAGCAACCAUUUGCCAACUGGUCGGGGAUGGUUGCCGUGGGCUCACUGACUAGUCUUUAGGCCCAUGUGACUGGGGCCUCAAGUGUAAUUUAGACGUCUGUGUUGAAUCUAUACGCAUACGCAUUUAUACCUGUGCGUGGUGUGCCUACGUCGCUCAAUUCCACUGCCAUAACCCUAGCUGGCGGUGGAGUUUCAGUCUUCGAGCUAAUCCAUUCUCUUACCGUCAGUUCAAAAAAUGGCAGCAGAAGAAGAAAUAGUGGGAAAUGCAGAGGAGGAAUCAAUGAGUCCAUCACCAUCAUUGCAGUAUUGAUGUGAAGUGUAGGGAGGUGUGUGUCAGGUUACAGCAUGAGAUAGUGUUUCAGAAGGUUUGCGGUUAUGGCAUAACUUUGGUGUUUAACACGGUAUAAUAAUUUCACUGUCACACAUCCAAAACCGCAGACAAGUUGGUGGAUUCAAACCCAGAACCUUCUUGCUGUGUUCUUGCUGUGUACCAGUGCUAACCAAGUUAAAAAAAAAAAUUAAUUGAAUUUGCAAUUAAAUGUUUAAAAAAAAAAUCUAAAAUUUCUGUGUAGAUAUCGUGAAUAUUUCCACUCAGGAACUAAUUUAUUUUCCAGUUAUUCCAAAACUCCAAACUAACAGGAGUGAAUUUUGGACUUGCAGGUGUUCUUGUUACCUUAACAUCGAGCCAAAGACUUAAAACGCUCUAAAAGUUUGAGGUAUUUCCACAGUGGCUUCACUUUGCUGUGUCCAUCUUUAAGGAAUAGUCUGCAAAUAGAAUUAAACUAAGUUAAGCUACUCUAAGCUAACCAACUGCUAACUGUAGCUACACAGUAAACAUACAUACAUGAGUGGACUAUGACUCUUCCACUGGUAUCCUGCACUCCCAGCCACAGGAUAUGGGUUGCAUAUCCUGAUGCCGACACAUUAUUCUGCUAAUCUUUUUUGAGAAUGAAGGCCUCCUACAGGGAUUUGAUGUGCAACUACAAAAAGCUGAAUGGCAGCUGAGGAUGAGCCAAGCUCUGAAAAGGCUAAUGCUUAAAAUGCAUCCUACAGCUGCCAUAAUGCACCACAUUAUGGUGCAAAUUCCCACAGCUUUCAAACAUCACGCCCAGUCUCUCCUUACGCCAAGAUAACCCUGAUGAUAUCACUUCAGUUAUUUUCUCACACUUAAAACCUUUUCAGGCCCAAAGAGGACAUCGCACGAGUCUUUCCGCUUGCUCAGUAGUGCUCUUUUGUCAGUUUGUAAAUAAAAACAAAAAAACAAGCAAUCAAUCAAUCAAACACCUUUUAGUUCCUAGCAAGUUGGUGCUAAAACAUUUUAAAACCAAGUUGUAUAUAAUCUUUCAACAAGUGUGCUGUACUCAGGUUUCUUAUUUAUAGUGUCCAGUGUAGAUAUGAAGUAGCACAGCAAUUUGUGCCUUUGGAGCUUUUUUUGUUUGUUUUCUGUCAAGGUAAAAAAAAACAACACCAAAAUGAAUAAAGUGUACUAUUUUGUGUAUUUCAA